GUGACUAAUGAUAAGCGAUUGAUUUCUCCAGCAAAAAAAUUCAGUAUCACUCGCACGAUCGGCCGGAAGGUGUGCUGGCAGCCGGAGUCGGCUCUGAGACUCAUGACUCACGGACAUAUACCGGCUAUUUGGAAAGUAUGAAGAUAUUACUUUAGAAUAUGUAUACAGUCUAUGAAUAUUCAUAGACCAGGAGUCACGAGACUAUUCAUAUUCAUUGCAUUUAAGACAGUCGGUUGUUAUUUGCAAUGGCAUAUAGAUAGGCUCUGAUCUCGAUCGAAACUACGCAAGGAAAAAUUAGACGUAUUUAAUUGUAUUUAGUAAAUAUACGAUGAGAAAGAUUCACGUCAAUUGAUACGGUUGACUAAUGAGUAUAAACUACAAGAGAUACGUCAACAGACGGCAGAUCUUUCGAGGUCAUAUAUCGGAUGUAUAUAUAGCAGAAGAUGUUGAAACUCAAUUGGAUGUCUGCUUGAAGGUCGUUGACUUAGAUCUAGUUGUUAAACCUCAUAACGUGCGAUAUGAACUCUCUAUGCUUCAGAAACUACAUAAUAGAGCUAAAGAAGAGAGCAUUAAUCAUGACAUUAUAUGUCAGUUAUUAGGAUCAUAUGAAAUUGGCGAUGAUUUGACUAUAGUAAUGCCAAAGUAUGCCUAUACCCUUGAAUCCUUAUUAAUGGGAGCUGUCCGACAAUACGUGAGAGUCAAAACGAAAUUCAAUUGGAGUGGAAUAUCCAAUGGAGGUUCUAAUUCUGCAACUAGUACUCAAAGAUUUAAUGUUAUUGAACCCGAUCAUAGUAGAGAACUCAUUAUUAACCUAUUGAAAGGUGUUGCAUUUAUUCAUAAACAUGAAAUAAUUCAUCGAGAUCUUAAACCUGCGAAUAUAUUCUUUAAGACUGAUGAUAUUAGAUAUCCAAUUAUUGGAGAUUUUGGUAUAAGUUAUGAUAAUAAUAAUGCCAAUCAAGUACGAGAUGAACCAACCGAUGAAAAGUAUUUUGAUGUUAGUACAGGAAUAUAUAAGGCUCCUGAAUUAUGCCUUGGUAUCAAUAAUUAUGAAUAUGAGAUUGAUAUUUGGGCAGUUGGAAUAAUAUUUACAGUAAUAUAUUCUCCCCAUUUCAAAUCCAUAUUAGAAUCGAAAGAUAUAAAUAAAGAUGAAAGUGAAGAAUUAGCAAUGAGUGAUUUAUAUUUGUUGACACAGAUAUUUAAAACAUUCGGAACACCCCUUAUAGAAGAUAAAACUAACAAAUAUCAAGAAUUAGUAUGGGAAGAAUUAGAUAAUGAUGAAAAAUAUCAUUUCAAGCAGUUUAAUUUUAGAUUUAACGAAAGAAAGUCUAUAAAAGAUAUACUUCCAAGGUGUGAAGAUGCACAAAUUACUGAUAUAUUUAAUCGCAUGAUGUAUUAUGAUAGAACGAAGAGGUUACAAGCACAAGAAGCAGUUGACUUGUUUCAUAAUUAGCAUUGAAAAUUAUUGUAAAUAUAUAUAGCUAUUUUUAAUGUACUAUUAGUUAUAGAAUGGAUGCAAAUGUUACUGUUAGCAUCCCUUGUUUGAGUCAUGUAUACAUGUCACGUAAGCCAUGAAAACGAAUGAAAAUAAAAUACAAGCCAGAUAUUAAUUA